ACGUGGGCGUUCCCUACUCUUCAGCUCUCGAUCUCCAUCUUCUCUUGUUCUGCUUAGCUAUUGCUGCCGCACGGUGCGGAUGAGAGAUGGCUCUUAGAGGUCUUAGAGUCGUGGAAAUGGCUGGACUGGCGCCUGCUCCACUUGCCGGCAUGAUACUAGCUGAUUUCGGUGCGUCGGUUAUACGCGUGGAUAAGACCAACCAACCAUCCGUAGUCCUGGAUACAUUAGCAAGAAACAAGCGCUCCAUUGCAGUCAACCUGAAGCAGAGGGCGGGCGUGGAGAUAGUGCAGGACCUGUGCACGACGGCAGACGUCCUCCUCGAGCCGUACAGACCAGGAGUGAUGGAGAAGCUGGGGCUGGGGCCGCAGGUCUGCCUGGCACGCAACCCUCGACUGGUGUACGCCAGAUUGACAGGGUUUGGGCAGACGGGCUCCCUGGCCCACAGGGCUGGCCACGACAUUAACUACCUGGCCAUUUCUGGUGUUCUGUCGAUGCUUGGCAGGAAAGAGAGCAACCCAGUCCCUCCAAUCAACCUGUUGGCAGAUUUUGCUGGCGGAAGUCUUGUGUGCGUGGUCGGGAUUCUAAUGGCACUGCUGGAAAGAACGUUCUCAAACAAAGGUCAGGUGGUGGAUUCAGCGAUGGUGGACGGUGUGGCUUAUCUUAGCUCUUUUCUCCUCAACACGCAAAAGAUAGGGAUUUGGACAGGUGAUAGAGGAAGCAAUAUGCUGGACAGUGGAGCUCACUUCUAUGAUACGUAUCGCACUUCAGAUGGGAAGUAUAUGUCUGUUGGUGCCCUAGAGCCACAGUUCUACCAGGCACUGUUGGAAGGGUUGGGUAUUUCAGAUGAAGACCUUCCCCCACAGAUGGACUACACAACUUGGCCCAGCAUGAAGGAGAGAUUCGGAGCACUGUUUGCUACCAAGACACAGGCACAAUGGACAGCCAUAUUCAGAGACGUUGAUGCUUGUGUGGAGCCAGUUCUUUCAAUGGAAGAGGCUGCAGCACAUCCUCAUAACAGGCAAAGGAGCAUCCACAUGCAUCACAGGGAAGGAAACUUUGAGUCAAUGCCAGCUCCAAAGCUAGACAGAACCCCAGCCAGCCCAGGGAGCUUUGCCCAGCCUGAGGUGGGGCAGCACACUGUGGAGAUCCUGAAAGAGUUGAAUUGUUCCAACAAGGUAGUGGAGGAGCUACUUGCUUCAAAUACAGUGUUCCAGAGCAAGUCCAGAGCGAACCUAUAGCCUACGUUUAUAGCACCAUUCACCGUCUCAGAAUCAGUGUAAUAGGUGAUAUUGUACAGAAAAUAAAAAAGAUCAAAGAGAAACACAAAAUUGUAUAUACAGUGGGAUGGCAGUGUGCAGCAGACAAGCUUUGCAUUGCAAUGUGCUAGAGAUAAAUAUUAUAGCUCCCCUCCAAUGAUACACGGCCACAGUGCUCUGGUGAAGUGUAAAAACACAUACCACCUUUUUGCUGGCAAGGCAAACGACUAGUACCCAGGUUGCCUUAGUCUUCUAAUGAGUCGAACGUCCCGAGGCAUGAGUGUGACUCGGCGGGCGUGCACGGAGCAGAGGUAGGCGUCCGAGAGAAGAUGGACCAGGUAGGCCUCGGACGCCUCCUGUAGGCACUCUAUCGCCGCCUUCUGCCACCUGAACUCCAUCCCCGCAGGGUGACGGAGGAGAAGUAUCUCUCGCACCAGCCGCGCGAAUGGCGCCUUCCGGAUGAGGAGGUUCGUGGAGCGCUGGUAGUGCCGUAUCUCCUUCAGCGCCAGGACCCCCGGUCGAUGCCUCGCUCUGGCCGGAGUCGCCUGCUUCCGAGACCGAGACCUGCCGGACGGUGUUGUCGCGCCAGCGACCUGUGUUCCCCUGGUCAUGGCUUUUCCCGUAGAGUGCCUUGUUCUUUCCGGAUCUCUUCCUUCCUCUCAGAGCUUCUACUUUCUCUCGCUCACGGCGUCAGAAACUCUGGUAACACCCAACCGCCGCCAUCUUUUCUGGAUGGACGCGACCCUAACCGACCAAUC